AUGUCGUUGUCUGCUGGAUCUUCCCCUCUUCAUUCCCCCAAGAUUACUCCACAUACUUCUCCUGCUCCCAGAAGAAGAAGUCACACUCCAAAUCCAGCAAGUUACAUGGUGCCUUCUAGUGCCUCUACAUCUGUUAGUAAUCCUGUUUCUCAAACUCCAUCUUCUGGUCAGGUGAUCCAAAAGGAAACUGUCGGUGGGACGACUUACUUCUAUACAGAUACAACUCCAGCACCUUUGACUGGAAUGGUAUUUCCAAACUAUCAUAUUUAUCCUCCAACUGCACCUCACGUUGCUUAUAUGCAACCAAAAGCAAAUGCACCUUCCUUCUUCAUGGCUGAUGAACUCCGACAGGAGCUGAUCAACAGACAUUUAAUAACAAUGGCUCAAAUUGAUCAAGCAGAUAUGCCAGCAGUCCCUACAGAAGUUGACAGCUACCAUAGCCUGUUCCCUCUAGAACCACUGCCACCCCCCAACCGGAUACAGAAAUCAAGUAAUUUUGGGUAUAUUACAUCGUGCUACAAAGCUGUAAAUAGCAAAGAUGAUCUGCCGUAUUGCCUUCGGAGGAUACACGGUUUUCGUCUUGUUAACACAAAGUGCAUGGUGUUGGUCGAUAUGUGGAAAAAAAUUCAGCACUCAAAUAUUGUAACCUUGCGUGAAGUAUUUACCACUAAAGCAUUUGCUGAGCCUUCUCUUGUGUUUGCAUAUGAUUUCCAUGCUGGAGGAGAAACUAUGAUGAGCAGACACUUUAAUGACCCUAAUGCUGAUGCCUAUUUCACAAAGAGAAAGUGGGGUCAACACGAUGGACCAUUGCCCAGACAGCAUGCUGGAUUAUUGCCAGAAUCUCUUAUUUGGGCGUAUAUUGUCCAACUGAGUUCUGCAUUGCGAACCAUUCAUACAGCAGGUUUGGCAUGUCGAGUUAUGGAUCCAACAAAGAUUCUGAUAACUGGCAAAACGAGGUUGCGAGUAAAUUGUGUUGGAGUUUUUGAUGUUUUAACAUUUGAUAACAGUCAAAAUAAUAAUCCAUUGGCAUUAAUGGCUCAGUACCAGCAAGCAGAUCUGAUAUCAUUAGGAAAAGUUGUGUUGGCUUUGGCUUGCAACUCUUUGGCAGGAAUUCAGCGAGAGAAUUUACAGAAAGCCAUGGAACUGGUGACAAUCAACUAUUCCUCUGACCUGAAGAAUCUGAUUUUCCUCAGGUUUCAGAAGGAUCCUGCUUGGUCAGAGACUGGAGACCGUUACCUUUUGAAACUGUUUAGGGAUCAUCUUUUCCAUCAGGUGACAGAAGCAGGUGCUCCCUGGAUCGACCUCAGUCAUAUCAUUUCUUGUCUUAACAAGCUAGAUGCUGGUGUGCCAGAAAAAAUAAGCCUGAUUUCCAGAGAUGAGAAGAGUGUACUUGUGGUGACUUACAGUGACUUAAAGCGCUGCUUUGAAAAUACUUUUCAAGAACUGAUUGCAGCUGCAAAUGGUCAGUUGUAGUAUUUGCUGAAAAAGCCUGCAGGACAUGACUGAGGAACUUGACCAACAGCAAAUUGCACUACAGCUGAACUGUUUUCAUCAUCUCAUUUCACAUUUGGGAAACAAACAGGAGAUGAGCAAAGCUGCUUGCACUUCAGUCAGGUACACUGUUACUUGAACGGAAGAAUGUUUUACUUAUCCAAGAGCUAUGGCUGCCAUUGGAGGCUAUGUCUGUGAAGAAUUUAUUUUAGAUUAAGGAACAUCAUCAGGUGAAUGAUAUUCCUGCUUUUGUUUUUUCCACUUGUAUAUGCACUAAUUUUAAUUUUUUAAAGACUUUUUUCUGAUCUUUGAACUUUUGCCACAUUGUAUACUUAUUAAGGGAAACUAUUUGCAAGGACAUUUUUGGGAAACAAUGCUGGGCAGCAUUUUUGCCUUUGAGGGUUGCAGAAUUUGCUCUUUUUGGGAUGGGUUGCCCUGAAGAACAUAGUGGACCAGGUAAAUAAUUUCAGAGAAGUACAGUAUAGUGCGUAAUUCUUGUAAGAGUAUCGUAUGCAAGCUCUGUAUGCCACCCACUGUUAGUUCAAAUUGAGAUUUUUUGUUUUGUUUUGUUUAUAAGAACACACAAAGAGAAAUAUCAGUGAAUUGUUGGAUAUGAAUUCCCCUGUUGAUUUAAAUCUUUUCUGAAUGAGGAUUGGCUAUCUUAUCUGAAGGAGCACAUACAGCUUUUUGCUCCAAGUUCAACCAGAGCCCUUUUUUAAAAAAGAUGUUUACCUGCUAGUCAGAUAAAUUUACAUUUAUGCAAUUUUUUUAAUAGAAAAAAAAUAAGAAAUUGUGUUAAAGGCCUAAAGUUCAGGACUAUAUUACUUUAGGUUCUUUCCAGUUUACUUCUUUUGUAUAAAGUUCUAUUCUUUGAACCACAGCUUUAUUAUGGUACUUUACACUGGAUACAGACACAGAGACACUGUUCGGAAGAUGAACUAAACAGCAGUGGUCUGGCAACAAGAGCUUUCUGGUGUUUUACAGCCUGAAUCUGGAGGGAUAACGAUCUGCUGUGCCUUUGCAGUCACUGCUUAGCCCAAAGUAAUAGUACUUUUGAUAAUAACUCACUCUAUGGGAUAUUCCUGAAUAAGUCCAUCUCAAAAGUUUGGAAUUUUCCUCCUCUUGACUUUCUUAAUAUUUGGACGUGUAGUUGUCGCCAAACUUGGGUAUUCAUGGAAUUUCUAGUUAAUGAAAUACCUAUACUUUGAUACUGAAGACUGCCAAAUACAUAGGAAUUUUUUUUUUUUUUCUUAAAAAACAGUAAUGACUGUAUCUCCUUUCCCAGCACUGAAUGUUUUACUAGCACUGGGUGCUCACCAUGCAACUAUGAAGAAAAUGUGGAAACUCAAAAAAGGUCAGGACAGACUCCCAAGCACUUGCAACUGAUGUUACUGUCUUCAAUUUUAAUAAUUAUACAUAUUUGUACAUUUCAGAGAAGUUUUUACUAUUUCUCUGUCCACUUUUUAUAAGCUUUAAAAUGAUUUUCUCUGCCUUGAGAUUUGCAUCAAGAAAAAGCACCUCUCUUCACCUGAAAGCUUUGAAGACUAGAGACACGCUUUACAUGUUUUAACAAGUGUGUUUGAGUCCACGUUUGGUAGCAUCAGUUGUUGAGUUAAAAAGAAAAUCAAUUAUUGCAUUUGAUCUGGAUGGAUUUUAAAAGAACAUAAUGUUCAAUAUUCAAUGGAUAAUUAACAUUUGCCACCAUAAUGUUCUUUUUUAUGUAAAAGGAACAAGAACUUGGAGACAUUAACAUGCAGAAGUCUUCUAUCAUUAGCUCAUGUAUUUGAGGAAGAGCAGCUGUCUUUUUAUAUGUUUUUUGACAAAUCAUAUUGUAAUUCUUUUGUACAAAAAAGAACUUGUAUUCUAGAAGAAAUAUGAAAUGCUUAAUUUAUAAGCGGGCUGGAGAUUUUUUUCCAAUAUUAUUUUCUUUGAAAAUGAAAAGGGGAUCAUCUAUUUUAGUUUUGGGGUCUGGGAACUUUUUGAAAAUUUAAUUUGUGGACCAAUGUUUUGUGAAAGCUAAGGAAGGAUAGGGGUCAAAUAGGGCUUGACUUUCAUUCUGUAUAGACCAGCAAACUUCCUUCUGCAAGGCAAGUUCACAUCGCAAACCCAAGAAUGUCUGCACCAUAAAUGCUAGUUUGCUUCAGCCCCUAGUAACCUCAGGACUUGGUUUGAAUAUAAAAGAUAGACAGCUGAUAUGUUUUCAUGAGUAAAUAUUGUCAUCCAGAAAACAGUUGGUGUCAGGUAAUGCAUAUUUUUUUAAGCUUUGUUUUAUAUUUAUUUUUCAUUAGUUUUUAUUGGGAAUGGUUUUCAAAAGAACUCUCAGUUCUGCUUAGGUGUUUUUUUGGGGGGAGCCCUCUUUUCCAUACUGUAAUUUCAUUUAAGAGGUUGUCUAAAAGUUAGUCUUUUUCAUUCAUAGGAAGAUUUUAAUAUCUGAGGAGAGUCAAAUUAAAGGAUAUAGGCUUCCCAUACCUUCCUGUUAUAACAGAUAAAAGCACAGAAAGGACAACCCUUGAAAUCAUGUAACAUUGGUCAUUUCAGUUUUUUGUACCUAUUUUGAAUUCUGUGAGUGUAUUUACUUCAUUGUAAAUAUUUUUGAGGGUACCUUUAUAUUUUGCUUUUUGACCUUGGUUCUGUGAUUUGGAUGUCAACAACUUCCCUAAAAAGCACCAGUAUGUUAAAAAUCUCAUGUCAUGAUCCCAAUGUGUUAUUCAUCUUUAAUCCUGUUUUCAGUCUCUAUGUGUACAGCAGUAUUUUUAAUAAAGAAUUACAGAUAUAAA